CAGGGCGUGUUGCUAUACUCUUCGUGGAAGUGGGAGGAUGGCGACCCUUGUGCAAUCCGCAGAUCUUGAACAGUUAGAGACAGAUCGCAACGUGAUGGCGUCGCCCACGUCCACCAGCCUUUCGCAGCACUUCGUCGACAGCAAAUUCUACCUGCUGGUGGUCAUCGGGGAGAUCGUCACGGAGAAUCAUUUGAAGUGCGCGAUUGCGGACAUCGAGAAAGGGAUCCGGUCCUGGGACACCAACCUGGUGAACUGCAACCUGGACCAGGAGCUGAAGCUGUUUGUGUCGCGCCACUCGGCCCGCUUCUCCUCUGAUGUCAAAGGCCAGAGGAUUCUUCACCACAAAAGCAAUAUCCUGGAGACAGUGGUGCUCAUCAACCCGUCGGAUGAUGCAGUCAGCACGGAGGUACGUCUGAUGAUCUCAGACACUGCCAGACACAAGCUGAUUGUCCUGUCGGGUCAGUGCUAUGAGAACACUGGCGAGCUCAUUCUGCAGUCUGGAUCCUUCUCCUUCUUUAACUUCAUCGACAUUUUCACUGAUCAAGAGAUCGGUGAGUUGCUCACCACCAUUCACCCUGCCAACAAAGCCAACCUCACCCUGUCCUGCCCUGAGCACGGGGACUGGCAGAACUCUAAUCUGGACAAACACAACCUGCAGGACUUCAUAAACAUGAAGCUCAACUCUGCUCUCAUACUCCCGGAGAUGGAGGGCCUUUCCGAGUUCACGGAAUACCUAUCCGAGUCGGUGGAGAUCCCGUCUCCCUUUGACAUGCUGGAGCCGCCCACCUCAGGGGGGUUCCUCAAGCUCUCCAAGCCUUGCUGCUACAUCUUCCCCGGCGGACGCGGUGACUCGGCGCUCUUUGCCGUCAAUGGCUUCAACAUGCUGAUUAACGGCGGCUCGGGGAGGAAGUCGUGCUUCUGGAAGCUGGUGAGGCACCUGGACAGGGUGGACUCAAUCCUCCUGACGCACAUCGGGGACGAUAACCUGCCCGGCAUCAACAGCAUGCUGCAGAGGAAGGUGGCCGAGAUGGAGGAGGAGCAGUCCCAGGGCUCGGCGGCCAACAGUGACUGGGCCAAGAACAGGAUCUCACCAGACAUCGGUGUUGUGUUCGUUAAUCUUCCCGAAACUUUGGAAAACCCAGAGCCUAAUUAUAGGGUGCGUAGGAACAUGGAGGAGGCAGCAAACAUUCAGCAGUUCCUCACCAAGCUCAACUUGAAAACAGAGUCUCUGCAUAGGCCUGUCGGGAACACCAUAGAACCAAUUGUUCUUUUUCAGAAAAUGGGUGUUGGGAUGCUUGAGAUGUAUGUAAUUAAUCCAUCCAAGAAUAGCAAGGAGCUGCAGCACUUCAUGAAACAAUGGACCGGGAGUGAGAAAGACAAAGUCUCAAUAAUGUUACCCAAUGGAAAAGAAUCAGAGUUUCCGGUAUCUUCACUGACGUCCAUUUCAUCGUUGAUCGUGUGGCAUCCCGCCAACCCUUCAGAGAAGAUAGUGCGUGUCCUCUUUCCUGGAAAUGCCACUCAGCAUCACAUCCUGGAAGGGCUAGAGAAGCUAAAGCACUUGGACUUCUUGAGGCAACCAGUUGUUACCCAGAAAGCCAUAAGUGCCAACACAGCAGCCGCUGCAGCGGAGGCUAAGCCCAAGCAGGCGAAGCUAAAGCACAGAACUGACAGCAGAGAGAGCCUCAAAUCCACCCCCAGGCCUUCACCGAGCAGGGCCAUCAGGAAGGAGUCCAAAGAAGAAGUUACUGAAAAGGAAAAGACAGAUGCAGAAUCUCUUCAGGAAAAAACACAAAAGAAGGCCCCAAUGCGCAAGGUACCUGAAAAAGAGGUGAAACCGAAGGCAGAGCAGGCGGCUGCACAUGAGACUCAAGAGAAAAACAAGCUCAAGACUCAAAAAGAAAGGAUUGUGAAGAAGGAACCUAAAAAGUUGGUUGAGAAGAAACAUGAGGAGGUGAAGAAGGAGGCAACGAAGAAAGAAGAAAAGCUUACCCCCAAAAGGGAAACCAGAAAGGAGGUGAAAAAGGAGGAGGUAAAGAAAGAGCUCAAAAGAGAUUUCAGGAGAGAGUCUCCUAUGAAAGACAGGAAGGAGAUGAAGAAAGAGCUAAACAAAGAUGAAUCAAGGAAGGAUAUGAAGAGGUCAUCCAAAGAUGUGAAAAAGGUGCCAGCUGCAAUUGAGGCAAAGAAACUGACCAAACCAAAGGCUUUAGUAAAAGCUGAAUCUUCCAAAAAAGAUGCUGGAAGUUCUUUAAAACAAAAGGAAAAGGAAAAGGUAAAGGUGACAAAGAAAGAUAUAACAGUGGAGGAAGCUAAACCUGUAUGUGCAGUCAAUGCUGUUGCAAAGAACAUGGAGAAAGUGAGGUCCUUGAUGUCUUCUCCAGAAGACCUGACUAAGGACUUUGAGGAGCUUAAAGCCGAAGAAUCAGCUGUAGUUGAGGGAGAGAUACAGCAAACCCAAGAGGAACCAGCUGUGUUGAUCCAGCAUGAAGAAUUGUUGCAGACCAAAGAGUCGUCUGAAGCCGCAGAGUCUAUCGAUGAAGGAAUUACAACAGAAGUUGAGGGGGAAAGUGGAGAGACUCCCGAUGAACCGGAACCCAAGGAAAAGAUUGAUGGGUGUGGAAGUGAGAAAUUUGAGGAUGAAGGCACUGGACUCGAAGAGACAUCUGACACGGUCGAUUAUAUCGAGAAGGGGGAAUCAGAUGAAGUUUACACACCACAAACCGUGGAAACAGAAAAAGAAACAGUUAUAAAUAAUAACAAUGAAAUACUUGGUGAAAAUGAGAACACAUCUGUAAAAGUUGGUGGUGAAACGCAUGAUGACAUUGAGGAUGAAACACUCAAACAAGAUAAGGUUCAGGGUGUAAAGGAAAUUGACACUGAGAAAGUCUGUUUGCUUGUAUCAGCCUCCCCCAAAGUCUCAUCACCGGUUUCUCCGGCAGCGUCGAUACAUGAUGAAACGUUUCCAGUGGGCUUUGAAGGCGAAACUGCUUCCGAUGACGAAAACAUAGAAGAAGCUCUGGAGAUGUCCUCCUCCGGCCACACUCAAUCCAUAAUGGACAUCUCCAGUGUCCCCACUCCAAUGGACGGGAUGUCCACACCUAGGGAUACCCCAAGCGAUGAAAAUGAUUCUCCUUCUCAGGACGCUGGCAGAAUUGCCGCGUCGACCUAUGGGGAGUUUGAAGUGAGACGUCUCUCCCCACUCCAGGAUUUGCCAGAAUCUGACCUCUCCAAGAGCGAGGCCACAGAGGGCAAAGACUACCCUCCAUCUGCCUGUACUGUAUCUCCUCCCUCACCCCUCGAAGCAGAUAGAUUCUGCAGAGAGUUCCCAUCUGAUGAUGCCGUAGAGGCCCAGGUGUCAGAUAAGGUGCCAUGUGAUAAAGAAGACCUAGACUCAACCAGAUUGAAUUCUGUUUCCUCAACCUCACCACUUAUACAUUCUCCUUCUAUGGAGAAGAAGAUGAAUUUCGAAGCUCCCUUGCUCUUUGCCUCACCUAUUGAAUUGUGCACCACUAUGACCGGAUCACCAAAGGGGGUAGCUGAGUCUUUGAUCAGCCCAGAUGAUAAGACAUUAGAGGACACAAAUUCACCUCAAUCCUCGGGUCACACACCUUACUAUCAGUCUCCAGUAGACGAAAAGUCUAAAAUGAUAGCAUCUGAGGACAAUGCUGAGGGACCCACAAUUGUUGAGGUUACCAGUGACAGAGAGGACUCGUCUAAAAGUGCCAGCCCAGAGCCAAAGGAGGUUGAGCAUGGCAUAUCUUCACAUGCGGAGAAGGCAGUCUCCCCUCAGCAAAGCCCACUCACCCUUGGACAUGAGUUUCCCACAAUGAAAGAAGAGUCAAUAAGUGACGCAGAGAAAAAUAAUGGAGAAGACAGUCAUGUGGCAGCAGCCCCUGUCAAACAUGAAUUUGACACCAACAUCACUUUCAAAGAGGAGAGCAAAAUGUCAAUAUCAGAGGGCACCACAUCAGACAAGUCAGGUACACCAAUAGAAGAGGCGGUAGCAGAUGACACCUUCUCCCAUCUGGCCUCAGCAUCCACUACUUCGUUGGCCACCUGCUCCUUCCCUGAGCCCACCACUGACUCCCCAUCGCUUCAUGCCGAGGUGGGCUCGCCUCAUUCCACGGAGGUGGAUUCGCUGUCUGUCUCUGUGGUACAGACGCCAACCCCCUUCCAUGAGGCGGAGGGCUCCCCUUCCAAGGAGGAGAGCCCCAGGCCAAUGUCCAUCUCCCCCGACAACUCGCCAAAGGCAAAGAUGAGGGCACAAGCGCAGGAGGCUAAAUCCCCGGAGCAGUCUACUACCUCCGUGGAGUUGGGGCAGGACUCCCCUGACCAUUCCUUAGCCUUGGACUUUAGUAAGCAGUCUCCAGAGCAUCCAUCGUUGGCGGGGAGCUCCCGUGCCACAGAGAAUGGCCCCACGGAGGUGGACUACAGCCCCUCAGAAGGAUUGGACCUGAGACCAGUGGGCGAGCACGAAUUCAAUGUGGAGACAACUGUUCUUUUCAAAGAGAUGGAUACAGUUCAUGCCAUUUCCGCGUCUCCAUCGGAUGUAUCUCAGUCUACUCCCUCUGUCACCACUCCAUGCCAAAUGAGAGAAAUGCCACCCAGCACGCUACUGCCAACAGACAAGUCUCCAGUAACCCAGAAGGUUGCUUCUCUCACCCAUUCUCCUCUUUCCACUGACUCAUCACCAUUGAUCGGAGGUCCACCAGGAAAAGAAGAUGACAGCCCAACAUCUCUUUCUGAGGAAGAAACUUCAAAUAAAUCCAAUAAAGACACAGAGCAGAGCUACGAGACACACACCUCUCCAAAAUCGAUUUCACCAUCAUUCCCACCUCCAUCAAUGUCCACACCACCUCCAUCAUCAUCCCCACCACCGCCACCAUCAUCUUUCUCACCUACACCACCAUCAGUAUCCCCUCUACCUCUAUCAACAAAUCCCUUUAAAUGUGACACGUCCACACCACCCUCAAAAUCCCCCAACAGCCCUAAAGUCCCCUUCCCAUCGUCCCUGCCUCUAUCCCCAAACUACAUGUGUGCCGGUGGUUCCCAGGAACCCAACCUUUCAAAGCAGAGCUCCUCUCCCCACUCCAAGACAGACGUGGACCUCUGCCUGGUCAGCUCCUGUGAGUACCGCCACCCUAAGACGGAGCUGUCACCGUCCUUCAUGAACCCCAACCCGCUAGAAUAUCUGAUGAGCGAGGAAAUGGCCCUGGAGGAAGGGAAACUUCUGACCAAGUCGGGCGGAGGCCCCCCGCCCCCGGGCGGAAAGCUCCAAGCCAAGCAGUGUGAGGAGACCCCGCCGACCUCCAUCAGUGAGUCCGCUCCGUCCCAGACCGACUCGGACGUCCCCCCGGGGACCGAGGACUGCCCUUCAAUCACUGCCGACGCCAACAUCGACUCUGAGGACGACUCUGAGACGCUGCCCACCGACCGGACCCUGACCUACCGCCACGCCGACCCACCUCCACCGGCGGCGAAGGACCCGGCCCCGUCUCCGGCCCCCCCUGACGUCUGCAUGGUGGACCCCGAGGCCCUCAAGGCUGAGGAGCGCCAGGAGGAGGCGGCCGCGGAGAAGACCAAGAAGAAGAAGCUCACUAAAACCAGCGGCUCGCCAGCCAGGAAGAGCGCCCUGGCAAAGGCCAAAGAUACCAAGACGGCCUCACCAAAGAAGAUAGUGGGAGAAGGUAAAGAUGCAAAGAACGCGACCAACACCUCUGCAUCUAGGGGAGCGAAGAGUACUACAAGUACUGGGAACACCAAGGUCUCGAGUGGAGCGGCAGUGCCCAACUGUCCUCCCAUGUACAUGGAUCUGGUUUACAUCCCCAACCACUGCAGCGCUAAGAACGUGGACGCUGAGUUCUUCAAGCGGGUUCGUUCAUCCUACUACGUGGUCAGUGGCAACGACCAGCCGGCUCAGGAGCCCAACAAGACUGUUCUGGAUGCCUUGCUGGAGGGAAAGGCCCAGUGGGGAAACGAUAUGCAGGUGACCCUGAUCCCCACCCACGACUCGGACGUGAUGCGGGAGUGGUACCAGGAGACUCACGACAAGCAGCAGGAGCUCAACAUCAUGGUCCUGGCCAGCAGCAGCACCGUGGUCAUGCAGGACGAGUCUUUCCCCGCCUGUAAGAUAGAGUUAUAAGUAUGCACUGCGAGCAUGGCGACAGUUCACAACGGUCUGUGGAAUGUACGAAGGGAACGGAAUGCAUGAGACCCCUUUUCACAGUGGUGGUCCGGAGUAGGACAGACACGGGUGUAGCGAUUAACACUAAUUAUGGAUCUCCUCCAUUUAUCUAUCAACUGUCACACCAGAAUAGACAAAAACGAAUGAAGAUGACCACACUUUGGCCAGGCUGGCGCACUGAGACACAUAGAUCAAACAUACCUGAGGUUAAAGUGCCCCUCUUCCACCAACAGAUGGGAUGCAGAUUAUUUGUUACAAGCUUUUUAAACGGACCCUCUAGUGACAUCACAUGUGGGCGUGUCUACCCAGACAUCUGAUGGAUAGAUCAGCCUGGUGGUGAAAUGGGGGCCCUUUAAUAUGUAGGGGCUACAUCUGUGUUUACCCUGCUAGAAAAACCCACCCCCACACACACACUGUGAAAAUGGUCCAUUGUGAAAGAUAAAGUAAUUGUGAUGUACUGAUGAUCCUGAGAGGGCUUAUUAUAUAUAACCUAUAUCAGGGGUGCCCAACCAGUCGAUCGCGGUCUACCAGUAGAUCGCCGACAGAUCCCAAGUCGAUCGCGAAGGGGUGAAGAAAAAAAAAAAAAAAAAAUUUUUUUUUUUUUUUUUUUAAUGAAAUUAAAUUUGCGCGGUAGCAUAUACGCGCGGUAGCGCAUGUGCUGUUAACAGCAGUUGAAAGCCGUCAACAGUAGUUACACACUCCUAAACGUUGGCAUGGCUGAGGGGAAACAAGCUAAGACCUACCAUUUUCACCCUGAGUGGGAGGAAGAUUAUUGAUUAUCGUUGAGAAGGUGCCGUGCGCAGACGGAAUGAAACCCCCAUUGAAGUCCGUAGGUUCACGAUACAACC